AUGAUUUUUAAAAUUACACAAUUAAUUUUUAUUGCAAAUUUAUUAAGGAGUGGAUUACUAUUGGAUUUUGAUAGCACUAGACAUUAUCGCCAGUCAGUUGGGUAUUUAGAAGAAAAUUCAGUUCAACCUUCAGAACAGGAUGUGCCUUUACAAGAUUUCUUUUGGACGGGCUCGGGUGAUGGUCCGAACUAUAUAAAACCAAAGGAUCCAUCAUCCGUUGGAACUAAAUAUCCAAACACAGUUGUCAGAACUGCUACAAUAUUAGCAACAAUCUUCAUCGAUGGAAAUUUUGAUGAAUUUGAUCCACUUUGUGUCUACGAUUGUGACAAAAAACCUGACGGAAGUGGAAUUGUUGAGUCAUUUGAUCAGAUUCCAUCAACAGAUCGACGUUAUUGGCUGUUGACAGUCAUUACGGGACUUUUUAAUAAAAAUGAUUUUCCAAUUCUCGAGGAAAAGCUCGCAAAGCUUUAUAGAAUUGCAUUUUUGAGGCAACAAGCAAAACAUCUUGGCAUUACUAAUGGAAAUUCGACAAUAAAAGAAACUGUAGAUGAGCAUUCUGCACGCAAGAAACGUUCAGUUGCAAGCAAAAAUAAUAAAGUGGUGAAAAUUUCACCGACAAAGACUCUCGUAAAUGGCUCUGAGCCAAUACGUACACAAAGUUUUAAAAUCAACAAGUAUGUUUAUGAACGUCAAAUGUUGAGAAUGAAACGUCAGCAUGUUUCAGCAAAACGCGAUCUGCCGACUUCACCACCGAUUCAUUUAAAAGUUCCACCGCCAUAUGAAAUAAUUUACAGGAAUGACGAUAAAAGUAAGAGUAAGAAGCUUAAAGCUGGAAAUAAUUUCAUGCGGGAUGUUUCUGUCAGGAUUCAUAACAUUACUCAUGGAGAUGACGAUAGCGUUCCAUCUAAUAAAAUUGAUUUGUCACACAUGUCCAAUCAAACUGAACUUAUCUACUCCGUUACUGUUCGAGGAAAGCCAGUUCUUGCGAUAACAGCUGCUGAAGACAUGGAACUAGUCUCAACUGAUGAAGUCAUUCGAAUUAUGGAGAACAAUAUUCUUCUGAAAGCUGAACCAUAUUUAAAGGAACCAUUAGCAACACCUUUAGUUCCACCACAAAUGAGAAACGAGUCUGGUGUAAUGGAAACCUACGUCAAUCAGAAUCCAUUGCUAAUUGCAUUAAUAACACUUGCAUUUAUUUUAUUUGUUCUAUUACUACUCACUUUACUGCUGUAUGGACGAUCAAAGCGACGUCUUGCAAUCGAGGCAAAACGGCAAAGUGCAACUCAAGCACUUGUUCAAAAAAUUAAUGUCGACGACGAUAUUAACACGAUUCGAUCGAAUUCACUGGAUGAUGUUGGUGUGGAAAAUUUAGCAUUUGAAAAGGAGAGGGAAAUGAAAGGAAGUGAUGGAAUGCAGAGGAAGGAACCUCCAAUUCUAAACUUUCCACUUCCACCUGCUUACCGUCCAUCAUCAAGCUCAAGUACAACAUCUGAUUCGUCAGUUUAUUAUCCAAAGCGUCGAUAUAACUUCAACAGCAUUCAGGAUCUAAUAGAAGAAAAAGGUGGAAAUGCCGAUGAUAUUUAUGCAAAGCUCAAAAAUUCAGCAUCUAAACUUUCCAUACGCAAAGACUCAAAUAAAGUCCAUAAGCAUCGUAAUCGUCGUAAAUAUCGUGGAGAUAAUCGCGUGGGCUCAUUAGAGCAAAUUAAUAGAAGCGAAUACCAAAGUGAUGUCGAUAUUGGAUACAAUAAUGAUUCCUUAAAGCACAACGAAGCUUUUAAUCCCCAUGUGUCACAGUAUAAUGCCAAUAAAUUAAUGGCAGAUAAAACUUUUACAGUAAUCGAAAGUGAACGAAAGCAGACAACGGGAAGAGGAAAAUCGACGAAACCGAGUAAAAGUGCUGAAGCAGUAAACCAAGAGUUGUUGCAUCAACGUGGUGCAACGUCCGGUGAUACAAACAGUAUCGGCUCAUUCCUUUCAAUGGCUUCAAUUAGAAGCUUUCCUAAAUGUUCAGUUCCUGAGCCUCUUAGUCGCGUGCUAGAGCCAGUAAGUGUGACCCAUUUAGAUCAUUCUGAUGCUGAUUAUGAUACAAUAAAGAAUUACAGAAUGAUGAACUCUCAGAAAAGUCUCGAUUCGGAUGACAUUGAUGUCGAAAAUGAACGAGACGCUCAAUGUACACAAAGUGAUGGUGCUGAUCCAGGAUUUGUGGGUCCGAUAGUAUGGGAAAUGCAUAAAAAAGGAUUAGAUGUAUCCACAAAUUCAUUGAGUAGUCCAUUACGUGAUCCGCAUGUGACACGAAAUCGCUUUGAGGGUCUUUUAGAAGGUGCAAUGAAACUAUAUGGCAGUUCCAGUUACUCAAAUUGUCAUUCGUUAGUAAAUCAGCAGGAUGAUGAUCAAUUGGGUCAGAUGCCUGGUGUAAUAAGGUCAAAAGAAGCUCGUGGUAAAUCUGCAGCAACAAUAAGAUUAACGUCACGAACAUCAGGAUUAUUAUCAAGAACAGAUUUUCAUACAACACGACCGAAAACAGCAGAUCAUUCUGUAAAUCAAACUCAAAAUCCAAUUACCCCAAUUCAUGCUUGGACAUCAGGCAGUGGAUCAGCUUUAGUUCGUCCAAUGAGUGCAGGAAUUUACCACAAACCAUGUUCAACAAAUGAUGAUCAUCUGAAGGUUGAUAGAAGUCGAGCAAUGUCAGCAAGUCCUAUUAUUGAUGCCAUUCAAAAAGAAUUAAAGAGAAUAAGCGAUGAGAAGUGAACUCAACUGCCAUAAAGAAAUUCCUAUGUAAAUCUUUUCACAAUAUUUACUUAAGAUAGUUUCCACUUUCUUCAGCAUAAAUUAAUUAAGGUUUUAGAAAUUAAAAAGAUUUAAUUUGAGGAUUCGUUUUGAUAAAUUGUAGAAAUGCAUCCAUUAAGGAUGCAAUUAAAAAUUAUGAAAGAAAAUAAAUCUUAAUAGAAG